GAUUCCUGUCCUUUGGAGUGAGGCAGAGAAGUCCGGAUCCGGUGGCUCGCCACCUGGCGAUCAGACUUACUGACUUCCAGGUGUUUUAUUUCACUCCACUUCGCUUCCACCUCAUUUAUUUGCGCACUUUUGUGUCUCUGUUCCAGAUUUGACGCGAAGCACGAUGCGCCACUUUGAGUGUUGAGCAGGGUUCGUCCCGGACGGACGGAUGGAUGGAGGCGCACUGGAAUAGUACAGUGAACUGACCGAGGACCAGGUUUUCCUUGGCGUCUGGAGUUCUGCUCUGUGGAAUACUGAGUGGAAGCGGGUCGUCGCUCGGGUUCUGGGUUUUGGUUUCCUGCUAUGUGUCGGGCUCGGAGGAUACCUGGUGGAAGGUGCGCAGCGGGAUCCAGCUCGGGAGGACAGGACAUCUGAUCGAACUCCGUGCGUCGUUUUUCCCUCCUUUUCGUGCGUAAUGCGCCUGGAAUGAAGACAGAGGAUGGAUAUAAUUUGGGAAAUAUUGCUCUUUCUUCAGGCCAGUCUGAUUGUCUGUAUAUCCGCGCAGCCAAAUCCUCCGAAAAUUCACGAAGGAUGGUGGGCUUACAAGGAGGUGGUGCAAGGCAGCUUUGUUCCAGUGCCGUCUUUCUGGGGUUUGGUGAACUCGGCCUGGAACCUGUGCUCGGUGGGGAAGAGGCAGUCGCCAGUAAACAUCGAGACCAGCCACAUGAUCUUUGACCCCUUCCUCAUGCCCAUAAAGCUGAACACCGGCGGGCGGAAGGUGGGAGGGACGAUGUACAACACUGGCCGCCACGUCUCUCUGCGACUGGACAAGGAGCAUCUCGUUAACAUCUCCGGCGGGCCGAUGACGUACAGCCACCGUCUGGAGGACAUCCGGCUACACUUCGGCAGUGAGGACAGCCAGGGCUCAGAACACCUCCUGAACGGACAGGCCUUCUCUGGAGAGGUCCAGCUGAUCCACUACAAUCACGAACUGUACACAAAUUACACGGAAGCAGCUAAAAGCCCCAAUGGCCUCGUCAUAGUGUCCAUCUUCAUGAAGAUCGCUGAGACGUCCAACUCAUUCCUGAAUCGAAUGCUGAACAGAGACACCAUCACAAGAAUAACGUAUAAAAAUGACGCAUAUUUACUGACCGGCCUGAACAUCGAGGAGAUUUACCCAGAGACGAGUAGUUUUAUCACAUAUGACGGGUCGAUGACAAUCCCGCCGUGCUUUGAGACCGUCACGUGGAUCCUGAUGAACAAGCCGGUCUACCUCACGCGGAUGCAGAUGCACUCUUUGCGGCUGCUGAGCCAGAACCAGCCGUCUCAGAUCUUCCUGAGCAUGAGUGACAACGUGCGUCCGGUCCAGCCACUGAACAACCGUUGCAUCCGCACCAACAUCAACUUCAGCAUGCAGGGCAAAGACUGCCCCAACAACAGGGCUCAGAAGCUCCAAUACCGAGUGAAUGAGUGGCUCCUAAAGUAGCCAUCCGUGAAUGGAGCGAGGACACGAGUAAGCGGCCAUCAAGGUUCCGUCUCAUCUAAGAUGAUGUCAUGGAACUGUACAAAGAAGAAGAAAAACAUUAUCAAAAAAUAAGGAACUUUGCAUUACCAGCGAAGAAACUCUGCAUACAUCGUGAAUCUAACACACGCUAACGAGCCCUUUCCCCGCUGUAUCAUCGUCUGUACGAAUAUUUUGAUACCAGUAAAAAUAAAAUUUAAAAAAAAUUUGUUUUGGGGAAAACAUAAAAAA